AUGUUGUGCACUCAAAAAUCCAUUAAACCUAUUUACAAUUGUAUUAUAGUAAAUUUGCAGGGUCUUAAAUUUAUAAACAAAACCUUAAGAAAUCAAAAAAGGAAAAGACUAAUUUCGCCUGAGAACAUCGGAGCAUCAAGAACACAAAGGAAAGUAAAUCAAUCAAAACGUAUGAAAAAAUUAUCCUCCAAUAAAGGCUUAUCAUUUAUUAAGAAUUUAUAUUAUAUUUCUCUUUUAAUGGAAUGUCAACUUACAUUAAAGGACGUCACUAUAAUUUCGACAUUUUACCUGGAUCUGAUAAAAUUUCCUUCUUGUCUUAUGCCGUUUUUUUCUGGACACCUGUACAGGCAAUUCCGAUACGAUAUCUUGUGUUUGAAAGCAAAGAUGCCACCACCAACUAACCUUUCGGCUUCUAUUUUGCAAAAUAUUAAAGUGCCAUAUCAAACAGCAUAUAGAUGCAGAGGGCACAAAGAUAAAUGCAGAAGAACGGGUGAAGUUUCUUCAAAGGGCUUGAAAGAGAAGUGUGCAUUGUUCGUCUCUUGUCAUUUAUUGAUCAACUCAAAAGAAUGUGGAGGGUUAAAAAUACGUAGUACUGGUGGCAUCAGUCUAAUGAGGAGUGUAUCGCUAGGUGAUGUUAAUUUUACAAGAAAAUUGCAAUGUACAUUAAUUUAUUGCGUCUUUGGUGUACCACUGCUUGCUUAUUCUCACUCUACUAUAAUGUUAUUCUUUUAUGGCAGUUUAUCCAGCAGUCUUCUAGUUACCCUCAUGGGUGUUAGUCAAUUAAAUUGUCAACGCCGCAUCAACCGAUUUGUUGGUGUUUGCACAGCGCUUACCGAACUAAUGGAAUUCUACUUAAUUCCUCAUCAUUUACUUUAUUGUAUCAAUUACGGGGAAAUCGGAGGAAGAAAAGGAUGGAAUGCAGGAAUUGGACGUAGUGAAGAAGGGACACAAAUUGAAGGCCAACUUUAUGAGACAAGCAAUCGUAGGAAGAGAAAUUCACUAAGAGUAUUUCGACCCACCAUCUUUGACUUUCCUUCUUAUAAUCUAUCCCGAUAUUUCACAAACGCAAUAUCAGUUCCUCCUUAUUCCUCUCCACCUGCACCUGUUUCUCCUUCUUCUUUACUGACAUAA